ACUGGGGAGGACUUGCAAGCAUGGAGAAACAGAGGAUGUGUGAGAGCAGAAGAUACGUUUGAUGCGAGAUGUUCCUGCUGGUUCUCCUUCACAUCAUGCAAACAGCUGUGUUGAUCCGUUCCUGCCCAGUUCUCUGUGUCUGCAGCAGUGGAAUGACAGAGCCCAGGUUGGUUCAGUGCAGUGAUGCUGGGAUGUCCACACUUCCUGUGAACGUUCCAGCCGACACAGUCAAACUUCGCCUGGAGAAGACCCUGAUCUCCAGGGUGCCUCGAGCAGCUUUCUAUAACCUAUCUGAGCUACGCUUCUUGUGGCUGACCUACAACACCAUAACAUCUGUCCAUCCCAGCAGCUUUGUCAACCUGAAGGCUCUAAGAGAGCUGCGCCUGGAUGGAAACCGGCUGACAGCCUUCCCCUGGGAGGGGCUGAGAGACAUGCCCCGCCUCCAGACUCUUGGACUCAACAACAACCGCCUAACCAGCCUUCCAGCUCAUGCUGCGCUCUUCCUACCUAACAUCACCUACCUGGAUUUAUCCAGCAACAGGCUUACCAUGUUACCAGCUGAGCUUUUAGACCUUUGGUUUCCUCUUCCAGAGCUACAGGGAGGACCAGUUCAAAGAAAGAUCCUAGGUCUUCAUGACAACCCCUGGCUGUGUGAUUGCCAGAUAUCCAUGCUGACAUCAUUGUCCAUGUCUGUGGGGAGUCCAGUGGUUUUGAUUGAUCAGCUGCUAAUGUGCAGCAGGUCUGUUGGCCAGUCCGGGUUGCUUCUAACACAGGAUGAUCUCUCUCGCUGUAUGAGGCCCUCUGUCCAGCCAGCAGCAACCAGGGUUAUCUCUCCACUAGGCAGCAAUGUUAUCCUCCGAUGUGAUGCAAGUGGGUACCCAACCCCAACGCUAACCUGGAUCAAGACCUCUCCUUCCACUGGUUGUUGUCAGCAAGAGUUCCUGCAGAAACCUGAACAGCUGCCCAGGAUUUUGGAGAGCUUCAUACAGGAAUCUCCCAGGGUCGGCGUUCGUUGGUCAAUAAUCAGUCUGAAUGGCUUAUCUUACAAGGAUGCUGGGGAAUAUCGCUGUCAGGCACGAAACAUGGCUGGAAUAUCUGAAGCUCCAAUCAAACUCAGGGUUAUGGGAAUCACAAGACUGUCUCGUUUCCCAAAAAGGAAAUCUCAAAAGACUUUGUCCAAACCAUCACCAAAAUACAGAAAGCGCCCCCGAACUCCUGACGUCUACAACCUCAAAGAAAAGGAGAGUCCGAACAUUACAAAUGCCCCAACGAUUUUACCGAACAACACCCCGGACAUUUAAACUCUUCAUUUUCAUUCAUUUCAAGAAAACAAAGCAUAUCAUUGAUGUUCGGUCCAUACCAGUGAAUGUACCAUUACUGUCCGCCAUCAUCAGUAGCCCUGGUUGUUAACCUGCUUGUUCAAGGUAGGCGCUGCUGUGGUGUUGGUGGUGUUGGAAGGGGGGCUGGUGGAGCAAGAGUGAGGGACCUGGAGGAGGUGCUUGUUCAAAUAUUCAGGGUAAGUCAGCAGUUCUCUUAAAACUCCCUACUGCUGCUUUGACCUCUGGAUUCGAGGGUAAAAAGACUUGUUCCCCUCUCUCAGUUGAUUAUCUACCAUGUGAUUUAUUUCACCCUGACCAAACCUCAACUGCUUAACCCUUUCCAUUUUGGUCUCUCAUUUCUUAAAGGUUUGUCUGGGGGGUAGGGUUAUGCUUUCACAAGGCCAGAGACAAUCUUUAAUUAUUCUAGCAUAAACCCAUAUCCCACCAAGUCUAAACUCUUUUAACAUGCCAUACAUGUUCUGUAGAAGAAACAGUUGAAUGUGAUUGCUGUAAUAAAAAAAAAAAAAAAACAUGUAUGUUGUUGAUUUGAUUAAUUUGAUUUUUAAAAUGUUUUUCAUCUCAUAUAUUCACUUUCACAGAGAAAAUUAGACUGCAUUUGCUGUAGAUUGGACUAUAUCAGGUCAUGUGACGUGGUCUUUGCUCAAACAGGUGUCCAUGUUUAGGAAUCAGGAAGAAAUUAGUAAAAGUGUUACGACUUCUACAUUCAAGGACUGUAUUUCUGAAGCAAGACACCAUUUCCAGACUGACUCUGAUAUUUGUUAAGAGCUUAAUUAUCUAUGAGUCACAUCAAAAAAAAGAAAAAAAUGAUAUCAGGCUGGUGUUAGUAUAAUGCUUAAACCACACCUUUUAAAUAAGGACUGAAGCUGAAGACUUAGAAGCUACUUACUGGGGUACAUCUUCAUGACAUGUUCACCUUUUGCCUUCAUAGCUGCCAUUUAAUCUUUUUGGCAAUGAUUCAAAAGCAGUUGUCAUAGAUUUUAGCCCAUAUUCACAUUGUGGCAUCUUGUAAAUGGUGCUAUGGUGGCUAUGCAUUCAUUAUGUCAUUCUGUAACUACUCACUGUAAAACAUUAUCAUGACAAGAUUAUGUUUUAAAAAUGCUCAAUUUCUGACAAAAACACGAAACACCUUCAAAGGACCCUUGCACCAUAUUUGUAGUAGAGGUCUCUGAUGCUAAUAAGGUAAUUUCAUGACAUCUUUGACUCACUGUCAUGUCUUUUUAUAAAUGUCCACCAAGCCGCUGGUAAAUUAUAUACACAUUUAGAAAAUUACCAGAAAGCUGCAUGCGCAGCAAAACAGUUACAUUUCAACCAUGACAGUGCAGAUUUAAACCACUGCUUGUUUUGCUUAAGGAGUUCCCUUACAUCUCUGCCAUGCAUUUCUAUUUUUCUGUAAAUGUAGGAAAUUGUCAAUUGAAUGAUUUAAACUAUCAUGCUCCACAAGGCUCAAAUUUUGGUCACAUUAUUUCAAAAUACUACCUUAAAUCUCUGUUUUUAAAUGUAAUGAAUUAUAGGACAAAAAUGGUUCGCAUAAAAAUAUUUUUAUUAAGCUUUGUGUUCUUUAA